UCUCUGUCUCUCUCUCUCCACCCUUCACUAAUUGGCUGCUCGCCGUCUCCUGGGGCGCGCACUGCUUCAGACACGCGAGUGCAAGAGUUCAGCGGAUAAACCCACACAGCCGAGUCCAUCAGAGAUUAGAGGGUGAUGUGGAGCGCUCGGCAGCCUCACCUUCAGGUCUGGAUUUGUGUAUCUGUGUUAGGUGUUUAAAGAUCAGCUGGCUGUAGUGAAGGGACAGGCUGUGUGUGACUGAAGUGUCAGACCGCGCGCGCCGUCCCACAGAAAGGGCUGCAGUGGUAGAGCUUUAUCUCCUAUGAAGACUACUGGAGAACCACAGAGCCAAAAUCAGCAAAAGGUGUACAGACACCAGCGUCUCCCUGACAACAAACCCUUCUGCUGGACCAGGAUGACCCGUCCCUCUCCAGUGUGGAGAAGACUGCUGGGGAUGCUGUUGCUGUUGUAUCUGCCUCAAGUGCACUGCAUGAAGGAGAGUGUCCCCAGGGUCAAGCUCAGCUACAAAGAGUUGCUUCACUCUGGCAGUGUGGUGCCAUUUGUGGGAUCCAGUGAUGGAAUGCAGUUUGAGACAUUCCUGUUGGAUGAGGAGAGGAGCAGACUCCUUCUGGGGGCCAAAGAUCACAUCUACCUACUGGACCCAGACAACAUCAACAAGCAUCCUAGAAAGCUGAGCUGGCCAGCUCCCAGAGACAGGGUGGAUAUGUGUGUUCUGGCUGGCAAAAACCCGCUUACUGAAUGUGCCAAUUUUGUUCGGGUUCUGCACAACUAUAACCGUACUCAUAUCUACGCAUGUGGCACUGGAGCCUUCCACCCCACCUGUGCGUUCCUGGAGGUCAGGGGCCACAAAGAGUUAAAGGAUGGCUGGCUUCACCUGAUCAGCAGCAGUAUGGAGUCCGGCAGGCUAAAAUGCCCUUUUGACCCCCACCAGCCUUUUGCUUCAGUACUGACUGAUCAGUAUCUGUAUGCUGGUACAGCAUCUGAUUUCCUGGGGAAGGAUAGCACAUUUAGCCGUUCUCUUGGUCCUCCUCCAGACCAGCACUACAUCCGUACUGACAUCUCAGAGGACUACUGGAUCAACGAGGCCAAGUUUAUAGCAGCCCAUCCUAUCGCGGACACCUUCAAUCCCGAUGAUGACAAGAUUUACUUUUUCUUCCGUGAGAUGUCCCGAGACAGGAGCACCAGGGACAAAGGCGUGCUGUCCCGUGUAGCACGCGUCUGCAAGAAUGAUGUGGGAGGUUUGAGAAGUCUGACCAAUAAGUGGACAACGUUCCUCAAGGCCCGCCUUGUGUGUUCCAUUCCAGGAACAGAUGGAGUGGAUACACACUUUGAUGAGCUCCAGGACAUCUUUCUGCUCCCCAGUAGAGAUGAGAGGAAUCCUAAAGUGUAUGGAGUCUUCACUACUACCAGCUCCAUUUUUAAGGGCUCAGCAGUGUGUGUGUACAACAUGGAGAAUAUCCGUGCUGUGUUUAAUGGCCCGUAUGCUCAUAAGGAGGGACCUGACCAUCGCUGGGUGGAAUAUGAGGGAAGAAUCCCUUACCCAAGACCAGGCACGUGUCCGAGUCGCACCUAUGACCCACGUAUAAAGACCACUAAAGACUUCCCUGAUGAUGUCAUCAGCUUUAUCCGUGUGCACCCACUCAUGUACCACUCCGUGUACCCCAUCACGGGCCGGCCUAUCUUCACUCGGAUCAACACAGAGUAUCGGCUCACUCAGAUCGUAGUGGACCGUGUCUCCGCUGAAGAUGGCCAGUACGCUGUCAUGUUCUUGGGUACAGAUGUUGGUUCCAUUCUGAAGGUGGUUAGCAUCACCCAGGAAAACUGGGCUACAGAAGAGAUUGUGUUGGAGGAAUUACAGGUGUUCAAGAAUCCCUCACCCAUCCUUACUAUGGAAAUCUCAUCUAAACAGCAGCAGCUGUUUGUCGGAGGGGGGGAUGGCCUUGCGCUGGUGGCCCUGCACAGGUGCCGCAUUUACGGGCAGGGCUGCGCUGAGUGCUGCCUAGCCAGAGACCCGUACUGCGCCUGGGACGGCUCACACUGCUCCAGAUACAUACCGGCUUCCAAGAGGAGAGCUAGGAGGCAGGACAUCAAACACGGAGACCCAUCCAGCCAUUGCUGGGACACUGAUGAUGUGUUGAGUAAGAGCAUAGAAGAGAAGGUGCAGUAUGGUGUGGAGAGUAACUCGUCUUUCCUGGAGUGUGUUCCUAAAUCACAGCAGGCCAAGAUCCGCUGGUUUAUACAGAGAGCAGGAGCAGACCACCGCCAAGAGAUCAAGCCGGAUGAGCGUGUGUUGGUGACAGAGCGGGGGUUGCUCAUUCGCUGGCUGCUACGCAAUGAUGCUGGCUCAUAUUUUUGUACAUCACAGGAGCACAGCUUCACCCGCACUCUGCUAAACCUCUCUCUAAGAGUGCUGGACCGAGGGCAGCUCCACGGACAGCAGCUGGCCUCUAGAGGGCCUCUUGAGGACCCCACGGUUGUGGCCGUUAUGGCAUCAGAGUCUCGGCAACGCUAUAAGGACUACCUGCGUGUGCUGAGUGCACCCUCUCUGGAUGAGUACUGUGAAACACUGUGGCACAGAGAGAAGAAACAGAGGCAGAAAGGCAAGUGGAAACACAUCCAAGAGCUGCGGAAGAACAGGAACAGACGGCACCACCAGGGGGCGCCCAUCUGAGAUGAUUCAAGGAGGAGAAGAGAGGUGUGAAGAUGCCCAUAAACAGCACUGGUCUGGGGCUCACUCUCUAUGUCCUAAGCCAAACCUUUUUCCAGCGCAUAAAGUAGAAAUCUCUUUAGGUUAAGGGUGUCCAUCUUCAGUCCUUUAGAGCGAGGGUUUGUUGAUUUUCCUGUCAAAACAUACCUAAAUCAUCUGUUAUUUAUUAAGUUUUAACACAAUUUUCUCAUCUAUUUUGUCAUGUAUAAUUCCACCCACUAGCUAGAUCUCCCUCAUAUCACACAAUGCUAUCAUGUAGUUGGGUGAAGACUUGCCCAUGGUUCCUAAA